AUGUCCACAGAAACGGUUGAUGUCGUGAUAGACUCCCUCAUCGCGGCUGGCGUCACGCACAUUUUUGGCGUUCCGGGCGCAAAGAUCGACUCCGUCUUUAACGCACUCAUUGACCGACCGGAAAUCAAGCUCGUGGUGUGCCGGCACGAGCAGAAUGCCGCAUUUAUCGCCGGUGCGAUCGGCAAAAUCACGGGGAGACCGGGGGUAUGCAUAGCCACCUCCGGCCCGGGAACCAGUAACCUCGUCACGGGUCUGGUGACCGCCAACGACGAGGGCGCGCCCGUCGUCGCCAUCGUCGGUGAUGUCAAGCGUGUACAGGCCGCCAAAAGGACACAUCAAAGCCUGCGCGGCGUGCAGCUGCUCGAACCCGUUACCAAGAAGGCUACCGGCGCCGUACAUCCGGACCAAGUUGCCGAACUGAUGCUCGAUGCCUUCCGGACCGCUGCGGCGUAUCCGCAGGGUGCAACGGCGCUGAGCUUGCCCAUCGAUAUCAUGACCGCAGGCACCAAGACGACUAUCCCUGCGCUGCCCGCAAGUGCCUUUGUACCGCCCGAGUACGGGACUUCACCAUCUGCGUCGUUGAGCAGGGCGGCGUCGAUGAUUCAGGAUGCCAAGUUUCCCGUGUUAUUCCUAGGAGCGAGGGCAGCUACGCCAGAAGCCGUCGAUGCGGUCCACGGCUUCCUUCGGAAACAUCCUAUUCCCGUGAUCGAAACGUUUCAAGCAGCCGGCUCCAUCAGCAAGGAGCUUGCGCACCUCUUCUACGGCCGUGUUGGCCUCUUCCGCAACCAACCUGGAGACAAGCUCCUGUCGCAAGCGGAUCUCGUCAUCGUCGCAGGCUACGACCAGUCAGAAUACGACGCGGACGCAUGGCACAAGGAAAAGAACCUCGAUAUCCUCCACCUGGACUGGAUCCCGGCCGACUACGGCGCAUUCUACAACCCGAGACUCGAGCUCGUGGGCUCCAUAGCUGCCAACAUCAAGGCGCUCAUGAACAUCCUCGCGAACGUUUCCCGGCCGCAAGAACUCGACGUGUCAAAGGCAAUCUUUGCCGAGUUCCACGCCUGGGAGCAAAGUCCACAGGCGCUCGGCCAGACGGGCGACGGGCCAGUCCACCCCCUCCACUUCAUCAAGCUCAUGCAGGGGCUCCUCCCUCCUACGCCGACAGUCGCAUCGGACGUGGGUAGCAUGUACAUCUGGCUCUCGCGAUUCUACUUCGCCUACUCUCCAAAGUCGUUCCUCGUCUCCAACGUCCAGCAGACCCUAGGCGUCGCACUGCCCUGGGCCAUUGGCGCGUCGCUCGCCCAGGAGCCCCCGUGCUCCCGGAAAGUCGUCAGCAUCAGCGGCGACGGAGGGUUCCUGUACAGCGGGCAGGAGCUCGCGACCGCCGUCCAGCAAGGGUGCAACAUCACCCACUUCGUCUGGAACGACGGAAAGUAUAACAUGGUGGAGUUUCAGGAGGUUGACAAGUACGGCCGGAGCUCGGGUGUUGACCUGGGCGGGGUCGACUUUGUCAAGUACGCCGAGGCCUUCGGAGCGAAGGGGUUGAGGGUCACCCGUUCGUCGGAACUGGAGGCCGUCAUGAAGGAGGCGCUGAGUCAUGUCGGGGUAUGCGUCGUGGACGUUGAGAUUGAUUAUUCGCAGAACCACGAGUUGAUGAAGAAUGUGAUUCCCGAGUCGAUUAGUUAG